AUGCCGCCGCGGAUAAAGAGCUACACUGGUGACACAAUCAACUUCAAACAGGUUGCAGGUCAUCUCGAGAGUACUUCGAUCACCGCGAGACGGGAUGCAAUUGAGACCUUGUUGGCCUAUUUCAAAGCCACCGAAAAUGCGUCUCAAAGCCAAAAGCAAAGCCCGUUCGAUGACAAGGGCUACCACUUGCUCUACGAGGCUCUUUUCCGCUGCGUGCUCCUAGAGAAGGCGAGCUACUACGACUCCAAAAAGACUGCCAGGUCCAACGCCAAUGUCGGCUCCAGACUUGAGAAGUGCGCCGAGGCCCUGCGGAUGGCUGUCCGCCAUGGAGCCACCCGGAUCAAGCGCAAGACAGCCAAGGCCAUCAUUGACCACAUCACCCAGGUUCUGCCAGGGCCCGACGACAGCUACGUCGCGCCUCUUCUCAAGGACUACGUCAAGGCCCUGGGCACCUUCCUCGACUUUUCCGCCAACGCCGAGAAUCUCGCCGCUUUCUCGGGUGAGGGCUGGGACAGAUGCGUCGACUUCUGCGUCGAAGCCCUCUAUCGCUACCUGGAAACAGGUGACCGCGACAGUGGCUCCAUGUCUCGCGCCUCUCCGGCUCCUGGUGCGACCGCCAGGCCGGGCUCUGUUUCGAUUUCUCAGGGUACCAGCCAACUCGGGAGCCAGAUCGCCCUCGAGUUCUUGUCCUGCCUCAACUCGCUCAUGGCGGCACUGAAUGCGCCGGUGCCCGGGAAGGCCGACAAGGUUCUGGGCGUGGUGCUCCAGAUCCUCCAACUCCGCCAGAUGAAAAUUGGCGAGCUCCAAAAGGUAGCCUUUUCGACUUUCAACAUAGUUUUCCUCCGCAUCCAGGCCGAAAAUGUGUCACUAUCCAAGAGAAUGGUCAAAAAUUUGUUCCCUCUUCUCUCCCAUUGGUGGCAGCCUCGUGCCUUGUCUCGAGACGCCAUGCUGAACUCUAUCCGCGACGAGAUGCUCAAGACCAUCUAUGGGACACAUCUGUACUUGGAGAGUCUACUUCGAGAAGCUGCGGACGAACAACUCGUUCAGGAAGUUGAAGAGCUGCUGGAUGCUUUGUGGUCCGACUAUUCGAGACGGGAGGAGCGAGCCCGGCUUCAGCUGGACGAUGUAUCCUUCACCGCGAUGCGGCUGCCUGCGGACCACCCCUGCACUGCAGUCUUCAGUCUCCGUCCGUACAACCAAGCGGGGGAGCAGAACUGGGCACUCUUGGAGAAUCUCGCUAUUCUGGAAGCCGCAUACUCCCGCUAUUCUGAGCGGGAGCAUAGCCAGCAGCAUACAGACAAUGCCCAGCCGCGGAAAAGACGCCGAGUGGUCGGCAGCACAAAUAGGAUACAUCAAAAGAUGCUAUCCCAAGAUCCAGCUGUCCGCCUAUCCGCUCUGCAACUCAUGCCGUUUCUGAUCAAGCAGAAGCAGCUUUCGCUGGAAGAAGUCGUUGAGGCUAUGGCAGAUUUGUCCAAGUAUGUGUCCGCCAAACAAAGCACAGUGGCCUCGUGGGCAAUGCUGGCGUGUUCGAGUCUCACCGCCUUAGAGGCUUCACGACAUGCUUCACUCUCCGCCUCCUGGAGGCAACUCUGGCAACUUGGUGUGCGCGCCUUGUCGCUACCGCCCACCAGCCGUGCAGCUUGCGUUCUCCUCGAUUCCAUUUUGAAAGCGAAUCUCGUUCCUAGGCAUGAGAUUGCUGAUGAUGUCAACCAAAUUGUCACAACCGCGGACAUUAGUGGACCUUCUGUACUUGUCGAUUCGUCCCUGGUUCUCAUGUUGAACUUGUUGCGCCUUCGAAACAAUAUGUUCCCGAAUGCCAGCCAAGCCACCUCAAGCCACAUCAUCCGAUGGGUAUUUGUUAGAUGGAGUCCUGCUGAACUGAUAUACGCGUCCCUUCAUGCCACGCAUGCAACGCCAUACGAUAUUGUUAAUCUCUUGCGCGCCUGCUAUGGAGCCUGUCCUCUCAGCAUGGCGCAGCCUCUCCGCCUGUUUGGCGGGCCCAUCAUUCAGUUUUGGAAGGGUCAGAGGGAAACAGAGACAUUUAUACGGUACCUCCUCCUUCUAGACCAAGAAGAUGUCAUGGAUUCCCCUGCAGCUGCCUCCGCAGACGAGAAACCAACCGAGUCACAACCAGCUACUGAUGCGACCGGCUCACAUGCUGCAAGGCGGUUGGUACUCGAGCUCUUCUUCCCGAAAGUUGAAGAAAUUAGCCAGAUGGCAGAGUCCUGGCAGAAACGUGGAGGGGAUGGCGCAGUUCCGGUCUCCACGGAGCGCCUGCAGAGCGUUGUCCUUGCCUACCUGACAGGAGCACUUCUACUUCCAGAACUUGUCAACCUCAACUCUUCCAUGUCCAGGGACCUCGAAACAGUCCUGUUUGAUGUUGUCGAUGCUACAUUGAAAGUAGUGCUUGGCGCUGCAUCAAAUGAAAACUUCUUUGACCUGGUUCUGACAUCCUCCGCGCCCUACAUACCCCCCUUGGUUGAGCCAGAGCUAGUCUCAUUAAAGAAAGAGCAGCCAUAUCUUCUACGGUUCUUCGGCAAACUUUCGGACGCUCUGCAAGAGAAAGCAAAACGGGAUUCGUCAAUGCGCAACCCAGAUGUCAUCGACAUCGAUGACGAGUUCGAAUCCCAGACGAGUCAAAGCAGCACGACAUCCAGACUCAGAGUCCUUCCGAGGAGGGAUAUCUUGCUAUGUCAUACACCCGAGGCUUUUUACCUUGAGACAAGCUUAAGAAUACAUUUUCUCGACGUGAUACGCGCCGAUGACGGUGAAAUUGGGCGGGUGCCAGAAUCCGUCAUUGACCGGCUGCUUGAACUCCCGAAGGAGCAGCUCUUGGCCUGCCGACAGUUCAUGCGAGAGAUAUUCACUUCAGAUGCCGUCACCCCACUCGACAGUGCUAUGAAAGUCUUGGGAACUGUCGGGCGUGCUAUAAGUAAGAAUGAAUUCUCGUGCUGCGAAGUUGCGCUGUGCACCUGUAUCGAUGUGAUGGAUAGUUUCAUCAGCAUGUGGACCGACGAGGAGCUCGAAAUAACUGCUAUGGCUGGCGAUCUUUACCAUUACUUGGUGAAGAACGCCCUGACAAACAACUCGCUCUCCUCGGCCGCGCACAACCGGCUUUCCAGCCUACUCCUACACCUGCUAGAGGUUAAGUCGACUUACGCCUCCACCCUCGACUUGCCGUCUUCGCGGUCUACUCUCAUGAACAUCCUGCGCGACGGGGCCAUGGAUGUCAAAUACUUCGUUGGGCUCAAUCUUCCCAAGAUAUUCGGAUUGUAUGUUCUGAAAACGCACGAUGACAUAUUUGUCGAUAUUCUGCAGAACCUCCCUUCGGAUCCCGGCCUGGCCGAGGGCAUCGCAUACCGCUUAUUUGCCUUAUCAGAGCUUGCCUGCCGAUGGCCAACCCUGCUACGCCGGUGCAUCUACCACAUCUUCGAGGUCCCAGGGAAGAUAGGCGAGUCUGCAAAGUAUGCAAGGCGCUGCCUCGGUCGAAUCUCUAAGUCGUUGAGACUCAGCGGCCCGCAGGAGCUCUUUCGGCUGUUCGCCCCUCAGUUGCUGUAUACAUGGCUAGACACAGACCUGAUCCAAGACAUCCCCUUCCAGAUCUUUGGCUUUUCUAGCCUUCAUGAACUAUUCCGGGAGGCGCAAACGGAGGCCGCAGCUAUCAUGAUCAUGCGCGGCCAGGAGAAGGAGGCAGUUGACUUCGCGCAGGCCUUGGGGUUAACACCAAAAGAGUUGGCCGAACAGAGUUUCACGAGGAUUAUUGCCUACAGCAUUGCACACGACAUUAGCGUCCCAGGAGGUGCAGAUUAUAUAACCGGAGAAAGCAGGCUCCGUAGGAUCCUUGGGAAGGAAGACUUUCUCUCGAGUAUCCAUCUCAACUUUGCCGACAUUAUCGCCACUUUCCUCGACAUCUUCGACCAGGAAGAUCCUCUCGAGAAGGCUUUCCGGAGAGACGAACGAUUCGCAUAUGCCGCCAAUAUCAUGGACGAGAUCAAGAAGCUUGGACACUUGCCAACAGCGCUGCCUCCAAAUCAGCAGCCGAUGUUCAAGGGGAAGUACCUCCCUAGGGAAAUAAUGCAUCUGUGCAGCCGGACACCAUACGAGCCCGAGACUCUAUGGAGCCCGCCCCUUGUUGUCUUCGUGGCCCGCAAACUGCUCAACACGGUACACCCAGCGCUUGGCCCGCUGCACGCCUGUUCCGUGCUGCGCAAGAUUCGUGUACUAAUAUGCCUAGCCGGCGACCACGCAACAUCGGCGUAUCCGCUUGAGAUGCUUCUUCAUUCUAUUCGAGCAUUCGUGGUUGAUCCCGAAUGCGCUGACGAUGCCCUGGGGAUCACCCAGUAUCUAAUUGUCAAGGGCGAUGACCACCUGAAGAAGACGCCCUCAUUCCUGGCUGGAUAUGCUCUGUCAAUUUUGGCCGAUCUCCGUGUCUUUCUCGAGUCGAGCCAGUCCAGCACGACGCAGGAGAGUCAGUUCAAGGCGACCAAGACCAAAGCACUACUAUUUCACGCUUGGUUCGCCAAGUACCUCUCUGGCUACAGCUCUCCAGCCUUCAAGGAUGAAGCACAAAAGCGCGCCUUCAAAUCCAUCACUCAGUCUGCUGCACAUAUACGCGCCUCGGGCAACGCAGAGAAGGGCACGCACGAGAGCACAUUGCUACUGGAGAUUCUGGAGGACUGGGACCGCGACAAUCAGCUCCUCAAUGAGCCAGCACGAUGGGUAGCUCUCUCCAUGCUUUGCGGCGUCUUCAAGGUUCCUCCCUCUAGCCGACUCGACGUUGUCGAGACAGACGAUGACGCGCUAGGCCACAGUACGGUUAUCUGGAAGAGCUGCGCGUCCCAGCGAUUGAGCGGAGAAUACCUCGCCUGGGCUGGCCGCGUCUUGGGCCGCUCGUUUGCGGCCUCUGGCGAGGUUCCUCAGGAGUUGUUGCGCGAGUCCCAACUUCACGAGUACCGUAGACUAUCAUCCGACAUUGGCGGGUCGGAAGAGGGACUUUUGACCUUAAUAGCGGCGCUCACUGUCAGUGGUGACUGCUUCACGGCUGGCCUGGCAGAGGCUGCGCUUCGCACAAUCCUCUCGGACGCCGUCAGCACUGAGGACCAUGACCUCGUCAAUGCUUGCCAGCAGAGUUUAUCAGAGUCGCUCCUGCUUGCCUCGAACUGGGAAACCUACCACACACCAAAGUCUGACCAGUUCCAAAUUGAGCCUCCUGCUGCGGCCGAGGUGUUCUCAGGGAAGCAAUUCGAGAGCCCAAGCUGGUCCCAGCGUCUCGCAACCCUCUUGGCGCAAUCAGUGCCUGAAAUCGUGACGCUGAGAGUCCUGCCUCCGAUACUGCUAAAUGUCAAGGGCUUCGCAGAACAGGCAUUUCCAUUCGUUGUCCACCUGGUCCUGGCAUACCAGCUUGACAAGCAGCAGGGGGUGAAACGUCAUUUCUCAGAGGCGCUCAAGGAAUGGCUCAGCUCGACAUCGCCCUCAGCCAAGGGCAACCUACAGUUACUACUCAAUACCAUCCUGUACUUGAGGACCCAGCCACUGCCGGGGGAGACGUCGAUCGCCGACCGGGCGCACUGGCUGGAUGUUAACUUGUCGACCGCGGCGGCCGCCGCAGCACGAUGCGGCAUGUUCAAGGUCGCCCUUCUGUUUGCCGAGCUAACCUCUUCCGAAUCGUCUCGCGGGUCGCGGCGCUCCUCCGCAGCAAGAGAGCUUGAGGAUUCUAGCGAGAUCCUGCUAGAAAUCUUUGAGAACAUCGAUGACCCGGAUGCAUAUUAUGGGCUCAACCAGGAUGCCUCGCUCUCCACUGUCCUCUCUCGCCUGGAAUAUGAGAACGACGGAAGUAAAAGUCUCGCUUUCCGAGGAGCACAGUAUGAUAGUCACUUGCGGAGCAGGAACUCGGCAUCAAGACAGGAUGGCCAAGCGCUCAUCAAAGCCUUGAGCAGCCUUGGCCUAUCUGGCCUGUCCAACUCUCUUCUCCAAGCGCAGCAGAGCUUGGAUGGGUCUUCGGAUUCACUAGAUGGGACGUUUACAACAGCGAGACGACUCGAGAUGUGGAACCUACCAGCACCAGCAAGCAGUGAUAACUGGGCCGUCACGGUGUACAAGGCAUACCAGAGCAUGCACCAAGCUCUUGAUGUCGAUGGGGUUAGAAAUGCAAUCCAUGACGGGCUGAGGAGUACCGUCAGACACUUGGCUAGCCGCAGCCUCAACACCUCGACCUUGCGGCAUCAGCUUGGGGCGCUUGCGGCGUUGACGGAACUCGAUGACAUCCUGAAUGUUACCGACCAGUCCGAACUGCAAAGCGCCCUCGGGCAGUUUGAGAAACGAUCAAAGUGGAUGAUGAGCGGGCGAUACUCGGACGUCAGCCAGAUCCUAUCAUGCAGGGAAACAUCUCUGACCAUGUGGAGUCAACACCACAAAUUGAGGUCUCCAAGAUUGACGCCCGCAGACGCUCGCCUAAUGCAGAUCCGAGGCAUGCUGCUUUCGUCGGAUAUUUUCCGCUUCCACCGCGCGAACCAGGAGACAUUGAAUUUGUCGACCGCUCUGACAGAUCUCGUUCCGUCGAGUGAAGCGAUGGGUCUCAGCAUCGAUGCCGCAAUUGGGAUGGAGGCGGCCAAUUCUCUAUGGGAUCACGGGGAAAUGAUCUCGUCCAUCAGAAUGUUGCAGAACAUCGACAAAGACUCCUCGCUGAAGAAGCAGACGGUCCCCGUGAGCCGCUCCGACCUGCUGACCAAGAUUGGCUAUCAAGUCUCCGUGGCGAGGCUGGAGAGUCCGGACAGCAUCCAGAAGAAGUACCUGGAGCCUGCGCUCAAGGAACUCAGGGGCAAAAACGAAGGCAAAGGGGCCGGUCAGGUGUUCCACCAGUUCGCCAUGUUUUGCGACGAACAACUCCAGAACCCGGACAGCCUGGAGGACUUGGAACGCCUCCAGAAUCUCAAGAGAGGCAAGGACGAGGAGGUCGCCGAGUUGAAGGCCUUGAUUGCCGCCGCCAAGGACUCUCAGCAUCGAAACAGAUAUCAAUCCCAUCUUGCAAAGGCCAGACAGUGGCAAGAAAUGGACCAGCAGGAGCUUCGCAGGGUAGAGCACACUCGAUCUGAAUUCCUCAGACUGAGCUUGGAGAACUACCUGCUUUCCCUUGCAGCGUCGGAUGAGCACAACAACGACGCGUUGCGUUUCAUGGCACUCUGGCUGGAGCGGUCCGAAGAAGACGUCACGAACGAGGCUGUGAAGAAGUACAUCACCAAGGUGCCAACGCGCAAGUUUGCGCCACUGAUGAACCAACUUUCAUCCCGUCUGCAAGAUCAGACAGUCCUUUUCCAGAAGCUCCUUAUAGACCUGGUCUACCGCAUCUGUGUUGACCAUCCGUACCACGGCAUGUAUCAUAUAUGGUCAGGAGCCAGGACUCGCGUCAACAAGGACGACGAGGUUGCCGUCUCCCGACAGAAAGCGACUGACAAAGUGGCGAAGGCUCUCGCCAAGUCAGAAACGGUGUCGAGGAUCUGGCCAGCAAUCGACCAGACCAGUAGGGCCUAUCAUACCCUUGCCGUAGAUCGUGAUCAGAACAAGUACAGGGCGGGGCAAAAGAUUGCAAUCAAGAGCUCGUCGGCCGGACAGAACUUCUUGAGCGUGCUUGCCAAGUACCCGAUUCCGCCGCCAACGAUGCAGAUUGCCCUCUCUGCUAGCUCGGACUAUUCGGACGUGCCCAUGAUCCACAAGUUCGAAGCAGACAUGUCCAUCGCCUCAGGUGUCAGUGCGCCCAAGAUCCUCACGGCCAUCGGCACCAACGGCCAGCGGUUCAAACAGCUUGUCAAAGGCGGCCAAGACGACUUGCGGCAGGACGCCAUCAUGGAGCAAGUGUUUGCCGCCGUCUCGGAGCUUCUCAAGAUGCAUCGGACGACCAGACAGCGCAACCUCGGCGUCAGAACAUACAAGGUGCUGCCGCUGACGGCUUCGUCCGGCAUCAUCGAGUUCGUCUCCAACACCAUCCCCCUGCACGAGUACCUGAUGCCGGCGCACGAGCGGUACUACCCGAAAGAUCUUAAGGGGUCCCAAUGCCGCAAGGAGAUUGCCAACGCGCAGGGCAAACCGACUGAGACGCGCAUCGCCGUCUACCGCAAGGUGACGGAGCGCUUUCAUCCGGUGAUGCGCUACUUCUUCAUGGAAUACUUCCCCGAUCCGGACGAGUGGUUCCAGAAGCGGACCGCCUACACCCGGACAACCGCCGCCAUCUCCAUGCUGGGCCACGUGCUCGGGCUGGGCGACCGGCACGGGCACAACAUCUUGCUCGACACCAAGACGGGCGAGGUGGUGCACAUCGACCUGGGCGUCGCCUUUGAGAUGGGCCGCGUACUGCCCGUGCCCGAGCUCGUGCCCUUCCGCCUGACGCGUGACGUGGUCGACGGUAUGGGCAUCACCAAAACGGAGGGCGUGUUCCGCCGCUGCUGCGAGUUCACGCUUGACGCGCUGCGCGAAGAGGCCGCCUCCAUCCAGACCAUCCUCGACAGCCUGCGCCACGACACCCUCUACCAGUGGUCCAUCUCGCCCGUUCGCAUGGCCAAGCUGCAGAAUGCGGCGCGCGGCGGCACCAACACGGCUGCUGCUGCUGCUGCCGCCGAAGUGGCCGGGGGUGAUGAGGAUGCUGGAGCUGGUGUUGGUGUUGGCGGUGAUGAACCAACCGGAGGUGGGGCUGCCGUGGAGAAUAAUAAUAAUAACAAGGACAAGAACAACAAGAGCAAAAAGUCGGCUGUCAACGAGCCCAGCGAGGCAGACCGCGCCAUCGAGGUGGUCAAGAAGAAGCUCUCCAAGACGCUGAGCGUCAUGGCCACGGUCAAUGAUUUGAUCAACCAGGCGACGAGCGUGCAGAAUUUGGCGGUUUUGUACUCUGGCUGGGCGGCGUAUGCUUGA